ACUCGGCCAGUAGAAGCUGCUCUCUGUGUUCAGAAUUUGUCUUAUAUUUCAGCUCCAUCUAAACAUUUGGAUUUCAGCCAACCUAAAUGAGUUUCAGAGGUGACAGCGAUGAUGACGACAGCUGCAGUAAACGAAGAGUCGCGUAUGUUUACAGUCCGGAGUAUAUCCAGACCUGCGACACUUUAUCCAAAGUGCCAAACCGGGCGAGUAUGGUCCACUCACUGAUAGAAGCCUAUGGACUGCUUCAACACAUGAGCAUUGUCAAACCCCACGUGGCCACUAUAGAGGAAAUGGCCAAAUUCCACACUGAUUCCUACCUGGAGCAUCUCCACAAGAUCAGCCAGGACGGAGACAACGAUGACCCCCAGUCGGCUGACUACGGCCUGGGCUAUGACUGUCCAGUGGUCGAGGGCAUAUUUGACUAUGCAGCAGGAGUGGGGGGCGCUACGCUGACGGCAGCUCAGACUCUGUUGGACCAAAAGUGUGACGUGGCCAUCAACUGGGCAGGAGGGUGGCACCACGCCAAGAAGGAUGAGGCUUCAGGCUUCUGUUACGUGAACGAUGCCGUGCUGGGAAUCCUCAGACUGAGAGAGAAAUACGAAAGAGUCCUCUAUGUGGACGUUGACCUGCAUCAUGGAGACGGUGUUGAAGAUGCCUUCAGCUUCACAUCCAAAGUUAUGACCGUUUCACUGCACAAGUUCUCGCCCGGGUUCUUCCCAGGUACGGGUGACCUGUGUGACACCGGGCUGGGUAAAGGCCGCUGGUACGCUGUGAACGUCCCGCUGGAGGACGGCAUCAAGGACGACAGAUACUACCAGGUUUUUACCAGCGUCCUGCAGGAGGUGCGGGCACAGUUCAACCCGGAGGCGAUAGUGAUGCAGCUGGGUGCUGACACAAUGGCGGGCGACCCUAUGUGCUCCUUCAACAUGACCCCUGUUGGGGUGGGCAAGUGUCUGCAGUAUGUCCUGCAGUGGCAGCUACCUACACUCCUGCUGGGCGGAGGAGGUUAUAACCUGGCUAACACAGCUCGGUGUUGGACCUACCUGACAGCAGAAGUGCUGGGAAAGACUCUUUCCUCUGAAAUACCUGACCAUGAGUGAUGGGUGGAACCACGUUCAGCUUCCUUGCUCUUUGACCACAGUGAACACCAUAAGGCGCACCGUAUUAUAAGCAAAAUAAAACAGUCAGAUAAGUCAAACUUUACUCAACUCAUUCUUCUUGUUUCCUCCACUUCCGUACCAUUGAUUCAUUAAUGUUGAAUUCCCUCGUAGCUGCUCUGUUCCCAUGUUGUUGCAGUAUAUUAAUGACUAACCUCGUAUUGUGGAUGGAUUAUCUCAGUUGUUCUCCUGACUGAAGUUUGGUCCGUUUACAUCAUCCUGCCAUGCGAUUGCAUUUGUCCCUAACCAUCAGUGACCCUCACGAUAACUUUUUUAUCGAGUGGAAAAAAGUUAGCGUUCAUCCUCCAGCUUCACUGUGUUUAUGUUAUGCUAACAUAGCUGUGUCGCUUGCGAUCACGUAGCACAUCAUUAUAUACCAGCUAGCCCAACAUCAGUAACCCUACAAACGUCACUGCUGUUUAGUUUUCUGUCUUCAUUUAUGUUGGCAGUGAUAGCAGAGCUGUACGUUUUAAUUGUUUCAGAAAUCUCUCAGUCAGAACAUGCUAUAUCAUGUUUAUCAUGUUAGCGAGCUAACUCCCUGCUAACUUCUAACUCCGUUGAAUUUUAUACAUUCUGUUUUCAUGGAUGCCUGGAUGUUAAACUUAAUUGUUACACCAGGUAAAGCAGCAACACUGAUCAUUUUAUUAAAGAUGAAAGAAUUUAGACAGUUUUUAACUCUCAGUGAUGCCGCAGUGUUCGUUUGACUUUGGGACCUGAAGCCGACGGAGUUUUGGACCCAGAUUACUCCACAAGGCUCCUGACUACGGCAGCUGUAAGGCUCCGACAAUCCACCAAGCGGUGCGGCUUGGUAGCUUACCAAACUCGUGCUAAAACAUUUUCCACAGAUCUUUGAGCGCCGUGUACCAAAUCAGUUCGAGGUCAGUAAGCAGAACGAGAAUUCAUACAUAAGGCGCACCAGAUUCUAAGACGCACUGUCGAUUUUUGACAAAAUUAAAGGAUUUUAAGUGUGCCUUAUAAUGCGGAAAAUACAGUACAUGUUUUACUUAUUAUGGUCAUUCUAAGAGUCACAUAGGAGGAUUAUCCAAGAUAUUGGCUAAUGACUUGUCAAUCACAUUUUUUUUUGUUUUUUGUUGGGUUUUUUGGCCAGUAAGCUUCACAGUCAGAUCCACCCCUCACUUGCCUUAUCCAGUUUCAAGACCCCAAGGUGGUGACACAGACCUUGACUCAACACUUGAUAAUGGGUCUUUGCUAACUUGUAACAGCUGCAGUCAAACAAAAACCCAGCGCAAUAAUAAUUUUGCAAAACUUAAAUGCUAUUUAGGCUUUGUGCUUUUCUAUUAAGAAACUAGAAGCCUUUCAAAUGAACUUUGCUGCGUUUUGGUCUCCUGGUACAGGAUUUGUAAAUUCCUGAAAAUGUAGUAUGUGAGCGUUAGAAGUGAAUUUACCCCUGCCCCCAACACUGCUGAGUUAAUCUCUAAGCUGUUGGAGGAAAUUUGUGGAAGCAAGUUAUGCAAGCUCCUCAUAAGUGUCCAGCCAUGGCCUGAGUUUCAAACCCAGAACUGUGUGGCUGGCUUUACGGGAACAAAGCCAGAAAGAAUGGAAAGAGAUAUCUUGAUAUGGUUGAGAAAAACAGAAAUGAUGGUCAAAAACUGGAAGGAAGUGUGUCCUUUUUUAACCACUGUUUUGAAUUGAUUUCACUGUUAUGUUUAAAAAAAAAGAUCCCUGAAAGCCUGUGUAAAUAUUCAUCACCAGUCAGUUCAGUUCUUCAAAGUCCAAACAGACUCUGAAACUUUCCAGGAAAGCAGCUGCAUUCUCCAAAAAAAGAGAAAAAAACAAAGACAAAGAAGACAGAGUGUAUUUUGGCACUCUGCUGCAGUGACUCUGGGCAAAUGUGAUGGAUGAACACAUGACUGUGAAUAAGAAAAAUUAAGUAUUAUUUCAAAAUCGGCAAAUCCAAAACCUUCCGAUGUGAUCUGUGUGUGU